AUGUCUGUGGCCAACUUGCAACGUGAUACCGCCUUCCAGGUGCGGUCUUUGGAAGCUAAUCCGGUCUUCGGUAUCGUACAGUUCCGCUCUCUGCUGCGCCAAUCGUCCCAGUUCUCCAACUUCAACUUCCGCGACUACGCCCGCCGCAAGACGCGAGACUCGUUCCGCGAGCACAAGAACGAGACUGAGGAGCGCCGGAUACAGGAGUUGAUCCAGGAUGGUCUGCAGAACCUGCGCCUGCUCAAGAGGCAAACGGUCAUCAGCCAGUUCUACCAGUUGGACAAGUUGGUGGUGGAAGGCCAGAAGACUGGCAAGGAGACAGGAGACAAGGGGGGUAUUGUCCGCCAGAAGGAUACUGGCAUUGCAGUUUGUUGUACUCCCCAUGGCUUGAUGCUGUCUGAGAUAGCAUCACGUGACCCCUUACGGGGCGGACAAUCUGCGCCAUCCGCAAAGCAACGCGACGGGACCAUCGCUACGCUCCGCUCCGCUCAUCUACUUUACAGCUCCCCACGGUAUCGCGCCAUUGUCCUGGUCGUAAUUCGCUCUACGAGCGCAAUUCAUCGGCUCUGGAAAGCCUCGCGCUCAGGGCGACACCUUGAAAACGCCAACCGUUCCCGAACCGGCCAAAUCGACCACGAUGUCUUCGAGGGCCUACCCGUCCGCCGCUGGUCGCGCCAGCCACACACCGUCUCCCAAGCACCUAAAGCCGAAGACUCCGAGCUAGGCGAAGGUCCCGGCGGAAGCAAUGCGCCGCCCGAGCUGGCCAUGCCCCGAGACAGCCAACUCCUACCCGCCAUGAGCCGUGCACUUUUGCGCGCCGCGCGCGCAGGCUGUAUCUACAUCCGCCCGACUGGGCGAGCUGCUGAAAAUGAAAAGGAGGAAGGGACGGAUGGGGAGGACCAGGGUGUAGCGGGUCAUGUGGCGGACCGCAGCUUCACGAGCCGCAAGUGGACGACCCUACCUAAGCAUUUGGAGCCUGCGGAGGUGGAAUUCCUGGCUAAGAGACGGCCUGGCCUGAUUUCGUUGUAUGGUAAUGGUGCGGAGGGUGGCGCCAUGCCGGGUCCCAUGCGCAAGACGAAGAUCAAGCGGACUGAUCCUGAGAAUGGCAGCAUCUCCAUCUACGAGGUGUGGGUGCCGGAGGGACAUCGUAUUGAGGGCGAGAUUACAGGUGACGUGCAGACUAUCGCUGAGCAAAGUGAAGUCCCUGUGACGGCAGAAACGCCCGCUCCAGGAACGGUCGUGGAGGGUGUGGGUGUCGUCAAUGCGGAAGGUGUAGUCGUUGCUGAGGCUGGCUCGGCUGCUGUCAUGACUCCUCCUAAGCGUCGACCGCCUCCUCCCAAGCGCAAGGGUAAGGGUAUUGGCAAGGGCCGGAAGAAGAAGGUUAUGUUUGCACCUGGUGAGGGAGCUGAUGCUGCAACGGUACACGGAGUUGCUCCUGCUGAUGGGGCCGUUGCUGGCGUCAAGGAGGGAGAGGAUCCCUCACGGAUGUCUGUAGACCAGUCCGGUCAAGAUGAGGAUGAGGAUGAUGGUGAAGAAGGCGAUGAGAGCGACGAGGGUGAUGAGUCCAUGAUGGAUGCAAAGACCCCAGAGACACCCCAGGCUCCGCCGAGCACUGAUCUUGUCGAGCUACCUACAGCCGAAACUCCCACCGAAGAAUCAAAGGAUGUCGAGAUGACUGAUGCUCUUCCCGAUACAAAACCUCCUGUUUCAGAGCCGGUUGUGGCUAGCCAAGAACCACUCCUGCAGCCACCGACGGCACCUACGACACAUGCAGAGAUCCCACAGGCAGACGCUGAGGUCUCUGCAGCUGCAACGCCCGCUCCUCCUGCUGAAGAAAGCAAGCCCUCCAGCGACCAACUCGGCCAGAGUGCAUCAUUAGAGCAGCCUGCUCCCACAGAGUCCGUCACAUCCGCAAUCCCAUCAACAACCGAGACCAUCCCCAAGGAAGAAUCACAGGCCCCAGAGCUUAUAAUGGAGGAGAAGCCUGCUGAGGAAACCGCCGAUAUCACGCUAGUUGAGGUCAAGCCAGAGUCGACGCCACAGCCUGUCGAGGAGAGCCUCCCAGCUCCCGUCUCUGCAAGCCCUGAAAAGCACGAGGAAACACCAUCAGAGCCUCCCAAGCAGCCAGAAUUGCAGCAGUCAAUUGGGGAAGUUCCGGCAGCACAGCCUGAGCCAGUCACCGAGGAAUCAGCCCAGCCCCCAACCGAAGAAUCAAAAUCCUCAAUUGAACCGGUUUCAGCUCCCGAGAUCACGGAAACCGAACAGGCUCCAGCUGCUCUUGAUGCUGUUCCAGCGCCAGCAGAGAUCAAGAAAGAUGUCGAAAUGGGCGAGGCACCCCCCGCGGAGGAACCCGCCGCAGCUCAGCCUCCUGUCAAAGAACCUUCACCUACGCCAGCUAUACCAGCUGAGACCGAGCCUGAAGCUAAGCCUGAGCCUGAACCCGCCACAGCUCAGACGUCCGAACCUCCUGUGCUAGACGCGACUACACCCGAAGUCUCUGAACCCGCGGUCCCCGAGCCAACUCCCAUAUCAGAGCCUCAACCCGAGGAACCGCUGGCACCAGUGCCAACCCCGGUUACCGAACCAACCCCUGCAACCGAGCCCGAGACGGUCUCUGCCGCCGAGCCCGUAACGGAAGAGCCCAUGUCUGGGGUUGAGGGUGCAGCUGAGGAGAAGAAGGACGAGCCAGAACCUGCUCCUGCGGCACCUGCGUCUGAGUCUUGA